AUGCUAGCGGUCACGGCAAGGGCGUUACCGAUAGCCGACCCUAAGACGGGCGACAUCGCGCCCAUAAACACCGACUCCGUCAUUCAGCCGGAGAAGCCCAUCACCCAUAUCGGAGGGAAGACGUCCAUCAUAGCGGAAAAAAUACCAUCCACAUACGCUGACGCCAUCGAUAAGGAGGUCGGAAAGGAUGUUGAAGUUGAGCCGAAGCCUUACAAGACACCCGAAGUGGAUUCGGUGAAGACAGUAGGCGGAGAAGUGGUUCCAGAUGUAGAGCCAGUAGUCGCACCGGUGGCCGACAGUUCCCUCCGUCAAGCCGCACCCACGGCAGAGAAGGUCGAGGCCGAGAAGGCACCGACUCUGUCGGUCGGAGACAUUGGCACUAAGGACCCGGUAGAGAGCCCCAAUCUGCACAAGGUGGAAGGAGCGGUGCUAGAUACUGAAGGCCACGGUGUCCCCCAUAAGGUCCAAGGGGCCGAAGCAACAAGCACUGUCGUGGAGGAGGGCGUGGACGACGAGACGACCAGAGACGAGAAGGUUCCAGACGGCGUCGAGCAGUACGGCUCCGUGCUCGAGUUCAGCAAGUACGACACCAAUAGCGACGGAGUUAUCGACAUCGACGAGUGGAGCAUCAUCCACGGAGGCCACGAGAAAAUCAAUGGCCAGUUCCAUGCCGCCGACAUCAAUGGUGACAAGCAGCUGGAGCAGACAGAGUUCCAGGGGGCCAGCUGGUACCACGACGGUGACCAGGGGGCCGACAUUGCCAGAGACGCGCUCAUGCUCGCCAUCGCCGAGCAGGCCGCCACAGCAGAGCACAACCACGCCAUGGCCGCGGCAGUGAUGCCUUCCACCGAGUUGCGGUACAUCGUGGAUGACGCCGAAACCAGUGCCCAGAGCGUUCCCGUUGUUCCGGCAGAGCCUGUGGACGUUGUCGUCGUCCCAGAGAAGCCGUUAGCGCCCAGCGUUAAUGCAGACGCUGCCGCUGUGGAGACGGUCGAUUUUUCGACCACGACCGCUCCUCCUAAAGAUGGCGUUAACACUGUCGAGCCAGUCGUCCACAAGCAGGAGAAGACGGAAGUACCCCAGGUUCCAGAGGUGCUCAAAGAUGUCCAGCGAACGGACACAGCGGAAAACACCGGAUCGACGACUUCAAAACCUGUGGUUGCCGUAAAGGAGCACGGCGAGGUAACGCCCCCGCCGUGACGUGUUGCCGCGAAC